AUGGAGGUCGCGGGUAUCGCGCUCGGGGUCCUCCCCAUCCUCCUGCGCUCGGUAGACGUCUACAAGGAGAGCAUCCGGCGCGUGGGCACGACGAUCCGCAAGCGCAAGCACAUCGAGAAGCUCGCGCGCGCGCUGCUCCUGCAGCAGCAGAUCCUCGAGGAGACGGUCAAGUCGAUCAUCCUCGCGAGCGGCUGCGACAACGUGCAGGAGCUCGACGAGGACCCCUUUGCCUUCUUCAGCGACGACGACGUGCGGGAGCAGGUCGAGGAGUACCUGGGCUCCAAGAACAGCAUCGCCUUCGUGGGCUUGCUCACGGCCAACAAUGAGUCGGUCAAGAAGGUGGCCAGGAAUAUCUCGGGCCUUGUGCCGUCGGAACUGGGUGUCACGGAGGAUCUGGUCGACAUCAUCGACGCCAAUCAACAAAAGCCAAAUCUACUGGCAGAUCUAGGUCCCAGGGUCAAACUCAUGCUAGGGAUCACCGACAUGAAGGAUAUCAUCGAGGAGAUUGACGAGGGGACCGCCGCACUCGAGCGCUUCUCUCGCCUCGCCCUCAGCAACCGCCAGACUGUCCAGAGCUCGUCGUCCAGGAAAGCCGUGAAGCUGGCAAAGGCCCUCCGGCACAUCCGGACCUUCGCCAACAGCUUGUACCUAGGCAUCCUCGAGGCCUUCCGAGAGGACUGCCACGACGCGCACGCCACGAGGCUAUACCUCGACGACCGGAUCGACAUCGCACCCGACAUCCUCAGUCGCGUGGGCAAGUCGGACCACACGGCGCCCCUCAUGAAGUUCGACCUCGUCUUCACCGGCGUCGGGCAGAAGGACAAGGUGUUUUACGAGACGGCAGUGCAGGUGUUUGGCGAGGAUGACCGCGACGACGGCUUCAGCAUCGUUAUUGAUGACGACAAGCUCGCGCACCAGCAGGACGACCGCCGCCUCGCCUCGCAGGUGACGCUGCUCGUCUCGCGCAGUCCGUCGCCCGGGCCUAAGCCCGAGAUCGCCUCCAUCGCCGACCUCUGCGCCACCAUCAGAGAGGCCAACGGCUCAAAGCGACGGAUCUCCUUCGCCCUCUUGGGCAACCAGGGCAUAGGCACCCUCUUUGACGAGGGCCAGCUGCGGCACCACCAGCAGCCUCUGCUCCCAGACGUGGCCGGCGCAGACCCGAUCCCGCUCUCGGAGAUCCUACGAACGGACAGCAUCAACCUUUCGUGGAAGUUCCGCAUGCUGCUCGCCCUCAGGCUGGCGUCCAGCCUCCUGCAGCUCCUCCAGACCAACUGGCUCGAGCGCGCGUGGUCAAAGGACAACGUCUUCUUCCUCAAGCGGCCGACGGCGGCGCCCGCCAGCGGCGACAAGCCCGCGCAGGUCGCCGUCGACCUCAACCGCCCCUUCGUAGCAUGCUCCUUCGACGCCCACGGUCCCACCCCUACCCCAACAUCUGUUGUCCCCGGGGGCGGCGGCGUCGAGCCCAAGGUCGCGCUGCUGGAGCUCGGCAUCCUGCUGCUCGAGAUCUGGCACCGCACGACGCUCGAGCGGCGCUUCGGGCUCGACGAGUCGCGCCCGCCCGCGGGCUACUACGAGCGCAUGGCGCGGGCGGUCGAGUGGCUCGACGACGUCGACGAGCCGCUGCCGGACCUGUACGACCGGGCCGUGUCACACUGCCUGCGCGCCAACAUUGGCGGCGACGCGCGGUUCGCCGACUGGGAGGAUAAGAAGCUGUGGCACGUCGUCUGCGGCGACAUCAUCGAGCCGCUGGCCAAGAUCUGUCGGCAGUGGAGCGGGUGA